UCUUUGCUGGUGUCUUGUUGUUGAAUUUCGGACAAGAGUUUUUUUUGUUGGUUUCGAUUUGUGGGGCUGUCCGAUGAUGAUGGUGCAGAAAUUGCGGAUCGCGAUCAUGGAUCGGUGGAUCUUGGAAUUGUGUAUUCGGUGAAUGUUUGGCUGAGAGGUUGCUUGUUUCCGUAAGCUGGAAAAAUCAUUGUACCGGUAUUUUCGGAUUCCAGGCGAUGAUUGCAAGGAGACAGCAGCUGAGAAUUACAAACCGUGGAUGGUGAACAACGUUUCAGAAGAUCCCUUUAGGAUACCCUUCACCAUCUGGACCAUUAUAUGUGAUUCCGUCAUUCUAUGAGUGGCCUGCCGCUGUGAAACUGCAAUGCAUAUGGCUUUCCUUUCAGAUAAUCUGGUGCUGAUCGCAUCAGUGUGCUUGUUUACCGCCGUGUAUUUUAUUGGCUACCUCUUUGUAGUCCACAAGCUCUAUAAGGGGCAGCUCCGUUACGAUGCAGCUAGUUGUGGAAUUUCUUUGAUACAUGGAUCAGCAGUGGCGGUGCUGUCCUGCCAUCAAAUCUUUUCCCAGAAAUGGGUGUUGGAUGCCCCCAACACCCACAUGCAGGACAAAAUAAUGGAGUAUUCAAUGGCAUACUUCAUUGUGGACUUGGUGAAUUAUGUUAUCACUAAUCCGGGUGAUUAUCUCUUUAUCGGUCACCAUGUCGCUACAUUGACUUACAUGAUAUCUUGUCGGUACUUCAUAGAGCAUGGGGCAAUGUCUGUGAUGUGCUUGAUAGCAGCUGGCGAGAUCACAAGUCCAAUCCAAAACAUCUGGACGCUAUCUCGGAUGGCGCGGGAGGAUUCUCCAACAGCUAAGAAGAUCUACACAAAUCUGUCUCCCUUUUUCACACUGUUCUUCACUGUCGUCAGGGGAGGCUUCGGUCCUUACUUGACGUGGGUUCUUGGAAAGUUCUAUUUGGGAGGCCAUGCAGACAAGAUCAUGCCAAGAUGGCUUGCCUGCUGUUGGAUGUUCAAGAUCGCAUUUGCAAUUUUCGGGAGCAUGGUGUGGGUUUACAAGCUCUGGGUCGGUUUGAUAAAGUUCUACUCCAAGAGAAGUACUUCGGACAGGAGAAAGUCUGAAGUCACUCUCCAGCAAAAGCAGGAAUAAAUGGUCUUUCUCAACUGGCUAUACAUCUAAUCUGGAUUGCUUUCCGGAGUUGUCGUCUCCUAGAGUCAAGGAAGAUUCUUGGAUACUUUAGAAUUGUUAGUGGUGCUCGGUAGCAUCUAUUUAAAAUGGCUCAUGUAAUGCAUGCAUUCUUGCAACAUAGUCAUUGGACUUGAUUGUAUUCUUGUAUCUCUCUGCUCGGCCAGGUCUAGUCAGAGUUGUGUGUCACAAUACUCUUCUUAGACCAUGCAGUUGGUCACCUUGUCAAUACUCACGGAUGGGAUUCAAACUCUCAGUCCUAGAGUAGGAGUAUGUGUACCAGAUUUGUAACGACUUUCCCUUGAUCUCUUGAUUAGGGUUUGCAACAAUUUCCAAAAUCCAAUGCGGACUGCUUAGCACGCGUAGUGUAGAAUUAAGUGGGGAAGUUGUACAUUGAGUCAGGGUAGCAGGCUGGGGACACAGGCCAUGCUCCAAGGUAGCUGCACCUGAAGUGGACUCUGAAUCUUAACACGUUUGAAUAUACUCCAAUCUUCCCGUUCA